CCUCCUCGUCCUCCGCCUCCGACCCCACCCGUCCGACUUCCAACAAGUCGCAACUUGAGCGAAACUUUGUGAUGCUGAGAAGCGCAGGCCGCGCGUUAAUCCCCGCAGCUUCUCCGUGCCGCCGGGACGUCUCGCCGUCCAGUGCCAUGUGAAUGGAGGCACCCACGAGGAAAAUGAGCGAAAACGACAUCCUGGAGAUGGAGUCCGUGUCUGACGCGGACGAGUUGGACGCAGAUGCGAGGCUGGAGAUGGUGGACGAGGAAGUCGUUUACCCUGAGGAGUUUUUACCAACAUAUAAUUCUCUUAAAAUUAAAGACGGACAACUACCCAAAACACAGCUGGCAGAGUUCAACAACUGCCCCGACUCCUUAUUUUUCAAUGAUGGAGUGAGACGGAUCGAUUUCAUCCUGGUCUAUGAGGAUGAGGACAAGAAGGAGUUUGAUAAAAAACAUGUUUCCCAGAGGCGCAAGAGACGCCGUGAGUUUUUCGAGGCCAGCCUGAUGAACAUGGGGCUGGAGCUGGAGGCCACUAAAGCUGUGCAGGACGACAAGCUGAUGUUCGUCAAGGUCCACAUGCCGUGGGACGUGCUGUGCACCUACGCCGAGGUCCUGCACAUCAAGCUGCCCAUCCAGCCCAACGACCUGUCCACCCGGUCGUCCCCGUGGCGCUUCCUCUCCUGCAUCACCAAGCACUUCUACCCCGACGAGAAACUGAUCAGGAAGGAGGCCGAGUACUUCACCGCCCCGUUUGAGAAGAGCCGCCUAGGUCUGUUCUGCAUAAAGGAGAGGGAUCUGUUCUUCACUCCGUCCAUGAGGAGCAGGAUGGCAUCUUACAUCCUGAGUCGUGCCCCCUAUGAAAUAAGAGGAAAUGUGAAAAAGUUUGGCAUCACCAAACUACUGGAUGGUGGCGUGUACAGGGCUGCGUAUCCCCUCCACGAUUGCCGGUUUAAUGUCAGGUCUAAAGAGGACAACUGCCCCAACGAGAGGUUCCUGCUCUACCAGGAAUGGGCUCAUCCCAAGUCCUUCUACAAGAUCCAACCCCUCGACCUCAUUCGGAAGUAUUAUGGGGAGAAGAUCGGCAUAUACUUUGCCUGGCUGGGCUUCUACACGUACAUGCUUUUCCUGGCUGCCGUUGUGGGAGUGUGUUGCUUCAUUUAUGGGUACAAGACUCAAGAAACCAGCACGUGGAGCAAAGAGGUGUGCGACCCUGAGAUCGGGGGACAAAUAGUCAUGUGUCCACAGUGCGACAAGUUCUGCAACUUCUGGAGGUUAAACAGCACCUGUGAAGCCUCGAAGAACCUUUGCAUUUUUGAUAACUUUGGAACCCUGGUGUUUGCUGUUUUCAUGUCAGUCUGGGUGACUCUGUUCCUGGAGUUUUGGAAGCGUUACCAGGCGGAGCUGGAGUACGAGUGGGACACCGUGGAGUUUCUAGAGCAGGAGGAGCCGCCUCGACCGGAGUAUGAGGCCAAGUGUGUCCACGAGAGGAAAAACCCCAUCACAGGGGUGAAGGAAAAGGUGCCGUUUACAGCCUGUGGACGAUGCAUUCGGGUGUCCAUAGGAAUCGGGACAGUCUUAUUUUGGAUUUUACUGAUCGUGGCGUCCAUCGUCGCGGUCAUGGUCUACCGCCUGGCCGUCUUCUUCGCCUUUUCGACUAGACUCCGACAACAGGACCUGAAGACGCUGGAGCCGCUGAAAGAGUACGUCACGCCUCAGAUGGCCACUUCGGUCACGGCCUCCCUCAUCAACUUUGUCAUAAUCAUGAUCCUCAACACUCUGUAUGAGCGAGUCGCCAUCUGGAUCACUAACUUCGAGCUGCCACGGACCAAGACUGACUACGAGAACAGCCUGACCCUGAAGAUGUUCCUCUUUCAGUUCGUCAACUAUUACUCCUCCUGUUUCUACAUCGCCUUCGCAAAAGGGAAAGCCGUGAGCUAUCCCGGAAACCCUGUUUAUAUCGGACGGUACCGAAAUGAGGAGUGUGAUCCUGGCGGUUGCCUCAUCGAGUUGACUACCCAGCUGGCUAUCAUCAUGGGGGGCAAAGCCAUCUGGAACAACAUCCAGGAGGUCUUGCUGCCGUGGGCCAAGAAUAUGUUUUUCCGUCACUGCCAGAGGGGCGAUGCAGAGAGCACGAUUCCUCGCUGGGAGCAGGACUACCACCUCCAGCCCUUUUCAAGCCUUGGACUUUUCUAUGAAUAUCUGGAGAUGGUCAUCCAGUUUGGCUUUGUCACCCUGUUCGUGGCCUCCUUCCCUCUGGCCCCAGCCCUGGCUCUGGUCAAUAAUCUGUUUGAGAUCCGGGUGGAUGCUUGGAAGAUUGUCACUCAGUUUCGCCGCAUUGAGCCAGAGAAGGCUCAGGACAUAGGAGCCUGGCAGCCCAUUCUUCAAGGCAUCACCAUCCUGGCUGUUGCCACAAACGCCAUGAUCAUCGCUUUCACUUCAGACAUGAUUCCUCGCUUGGUCUACUACUGGUCCUUCUCUGUGUACCCGUAUGGGGAUCAUACAGAUCACACCAUGCAGGGCUACAUCAACAGCUCGCUGUCUGUAUUCAACACCAGUGAUUUCACUGAGGAUAGCAAGCCUGAGGGUCUGUACAACAUCACCACCUGCAGGUAUCGUGAUUUUCGGUUUCCCCCCGGUCACCCCAAGCAGUACGAGCACAAUAUGUACUACUGGCACGUCAUUGCCGCCAAGUUGGCUUUUAUAAUAGUUUUAGAGCACAUUGUUUACCUCACCAAGUUCGUCCUGGCCAACAUCAUCCCUGACGUCCCGUACGCUGUGAAAGAGCAGAUCAAGCGGGAGAAAUACCUGACCCAGGUUAUCCUCCAUGAGACCAACCUCAAGCUGGUGACCAGGCGUUUGAAGGAGAACGAAGAGGAGGCGGCCAAGGACACCGAGGACGACAACUCACAGAAGGACCUGGACCUUGAUUUCUGACAUGACUACACAUAUACAGACCAACACGACCAGUGAUCACAUGUAGCAGCCAAGAAGAAAGAACCACUAUUGUUCUGUUGAGUCUGGAUCUGCCCAGCGUGUUUGGCUCAUGAGAGGCCAGUGACAGAUGAUGGAACAGUCUUUUUCACUAACUUACAGUUUAAAAAGGUGUCCUUAUUUUGAAACACAACAAUAUUUAGCUUUGUGUAGGUUUUAACAAUUUUAAGCAUGACAUUUUGUGAAUAAGUUAUAUUUAAACACAAAACUUCCAGGCUGAUUUUAGCAUCCUGGUUAAAACAAUGCGACAGAAUGAGAUCAGCUCAGUUCUUUUCACGGUGACACUUCACACCUAUUAAUAAAAGCCAUCUGGUGAGUUGAUCAUUAGAACACAACACAAAACAAUCUCAACUCAAUGUCCAGUUGGACUCCGGUUCCUAUCUGGCAGCACAUCAUCACAGUCUCCUAAUCAGCAAAAAGGAUUUUCCAUAGUUUUUGUGAAUGUGAUUGUCUGUUUUUAUACAUAGUAAAUAAACAAGCUGAUUUUAGACGCUGAGUUGAGAUUGUUGUAUCAAUAACAUUUGUUUUAUAUGUAGAAUGUAUAAAAUCUUAACACGUGUGCAAAUGUGUCUUUUUUUUUCACCGUCCAUUGAACUUUAUUUUGGGAGCUGCACUGCUGGAUGAUUAUUUUUAUACAAAUGCUGUCAAAAAGUAUCAGUAUUAUUAUACAAAAGGUGUAAAACAUUAAUGCAAUGCAGGAAAUUACGUUUUUUCCACUUCAUCCCUCCAAGAGCUGUAUUGAUUUGCCUAAUAGAUCAGUGUUAUGCAGACAGUUAGAACAGACACACUACCGUGUCUACAGUCAUGUCUUUAUUUAUACACUUAAUCAUAUGUGUUGUUUUGUCCUGUUGCAUGACCAAACUGCACUGGCAUGCACUGGCAUGUUAUCCUGUUAUAUAAUUCUCACCUGUGUGAUAUUGGACCUAUGACCAACUAACAUCUCUGCCUCACCUUCUAUUUUAAACUACGGCAGAGUUCUAUAGCCACUGUAUGUAGAUGAUUUCAGACACAGCAACUAUGAAAACUAUGCAAUUUGUUGUACAAACUAAUAAAUAUUUUGUAUUAAAAAAUA